AAAGUUGGGCAGCGUAAAAAUUUACCUUUUAUGUGCUGACCUUGAAUUAUUCAAAUGCCGAACGCGACGCGCUGCCGGUUUGCCGACACGAAAUCUCAGUCUCCAGGGGCCUCUGACAGGCUUUGAGUCGACAAUGAAGUCUCAGUCGUCCACACUGCCCAGGCCACGGGAAUCGGUCUUUGCUGGCGGAUUGGACUUCCGGAGCGAUGCAAAUGCUGUGUGCCCUCCGAAUGUAAGGGAAUGCGUAUCUGCAAUGGAGGACUGCUGUGAGGAGGCGUUUGAAGCUCAACAGCUUCUACGAAAUGGGACGUUCGAUCUGCCACGAAUGAACAAAGUUUUAGAAAGCCAACGUGUCUUCCUUCUGAUUGAUGAGGCUACCGUAAGAAGGUACAGGUCUGAUCUCGCUGAUGAGAUCGAGCCACAAAUCAAAGAGCUUAUUGACCGGGCGGAGCAAGGCUUAAAAUUCCUCCGUCGCAAGGAAGGGCUCAUCCACAGCAAGGCCGAAGUUGCGAAAGUCAUGCAAUCGCGGGCCGCUACCGCACCCACGGCAAACAAGCGCGAGGAACGCAGGGUCCAGCUUCUCUCCAAGCAGCGCCGACGAUUGGAGGAAGAUGUUAAGGUUCUCGAAUCUGAAAUCAUGGCAUUGCAGAAGAAGAGACCCCCGCGGGCAUGAAGAUUGAUGGCUACUUAAAGGAUCCCCACCUCCGCACACGCGCUCGCCAGCGGUGAUCAGGUUUCGUUAAGGAAGUUUGUCUCGCGUUUUUCAUUGAUUACCAUUACCUGCUAUGUGCUUCCUC